AUUUGAGGUACUUGAAACUAUACAAUUUCUUUUGUCGUAUCCUGCUUCUUUUCUCCACACCCUCGCAUCGAGACCUUUAUAGCAGUCAUAUGAGCAUCGCCGUCAACAGAUCACUCGAUCACUGGUCACCAUGGCGACGGAACACGCUGUCAACUACGCCGGUGCACGAUACGACUUCUCUGGAGGUAGCACGGAUUGGGCAGCUCGAAAGCCCAAUACUGUUAUCUACGUCCAGACCAACGGAUUGUCUAAUGCAAGUAGCAAAGAGGUCAAAGGAAUUGGCCGCGAGGAAUUCAUCGAGAAAGCUGUGAAGCCGCCAGAACUCCCUGUUGAGACGGAAAUAUGCUUCACAUCUGGGAUGAAACUUCUCUUCGUGGGUUUGCUUCCCAGCUCAGCUUCUAAACAUACGAGGAUUCCCACUCUUCAACCCAGUAAGAAGGGCAAAGCUACUGCGACUGAUGUUCUGCCUGCGGAAGACGUCAUCAUCCCGUACGAUGCUAAAGCCACACGAGUCGUAGUGCCGUUUGGGAAAACUAAUGUGAGCUUCUAUUCUUUGGACAACACAAACGAGAUUGGACUGUGCAAAGGCAUCAGUGUGGAUGGGUCUGAAGUGUUCUUCUUUAAGGAAUGGCGCGAUGACAAGGGUGCAACAAGUCUUGAAAAGCGGAAAUACAUCACUGUCGGCAGGAUCAGACAGGCAAUAGAUGCGAAGCCUAUGUCGAAACCGAAUCCCAUCAACGCUGCUACGGCACAGAUCUCCGCCCGCACCUCUCGUGACAACGAGAUUGUCGCGCUCAUCAGCACUUAUCUCUGUGGUGGAGAUGUCAAUCUGCUAGAGAGAUGCAAGAGUGUUCUGGAUGACGAAGUUGGGGAGGGGGAGAGGAACAGCUUCAUGGCAGCAUUUCUUCGAGCCGAAAAGGCCAUUGAUGAAGCUACAGCAUCAGAGCUCAAAAUUGGCAUCGAGAAGACGUGGCCAUCACUGAAUAUCCUCGACAUCACAUCGACGGAGUUGGUGAAUCUGUCAGAGGGACUUGUCAUGAGCGGUUUGCAUAUGCAUCCAAAAUACAGCCGGGCAUUCUUGGUGGGAGCUAUUAAUCGACUACGUCGAACGCCGGGCACUGACAUUUCAACGCUCGUGAGACAAGUCCUGGAUGAUACGAAGCUUCAGAUCGGAACGAGCACCAUUGCAGGAGAAGAACUUGCGUCAACCAAGCUGGCUCCGUUACGUUCCCUGUUGGAUACCAUCGGCAAGGAAGUCGGGGAGAUAAGGGUCAUGCAUACGCAAGAUAUGGAGAAUAUAAAGAAGGUAGCUGGGGCGCAUGUAACAGGCGACUCGUUGGAGGUGGUUAUGGCUCGCCUUGCGGUGGUUCCAGAUGUUGAUACAGCUCGACUCAACAUAUCACAUCUCUUCCGUCUGGUGGUAGAGGUCGUAUCCUCUCAAUCGACUGGGACGGACCGACGCCUGAGGGAACUCCAAAAACAGCUUGAAUCUUUCAGGGACGGUAUUGAUCAAGAGACCGAAUGAAUAAGAGAAGGCAACAUCAAUGGCGCGUUGAGGGUUGGAGUGAUGAGGCCUGCUAUUUACUCCGAUGAUUGCUUAAUCGAUGUACGAUAUGAGGUAGAGCAAUGCAAGCAUCGGCAC